UCUCUAAUUAUCAUGCUGAAAUUCUUUAAUAUUGAAGGUUUAAUUAAAGGGAUAUAGGCUUAGAGUAAUUUCAAAUUAUAGCAAAGCCUUCUAUAAAUCAUCAGGUAAUUAUUAUAACUUCGAAUGAGGAUAACUUUUAUCAGGCGAAAGCACUCAAGAAUAUACACAUCUGAAGACGGAUGGCUCAUCUCCAAUAAAAUUUCGUAAAUCGAAUAAGAUAAAAGUUUUGAAAUAAAAGUAUUGUAAAGCCUCAAAGAGAUACCAAGACUCGAUUGCCAGCCUAUAAAAAACCUAGGAAGAGUAUAGAUUUCUGAAAGACCAAGCCUCCAAAUGUUUUUAGAUCUGAUCACCAAAAUUCCCACAUAAAUUUAAAAACUCUUAAUGGAACUACCUCUGGAAUGCAGAAGAUGUUUUCAUCCUCAGUAAAGCUAAUAAGGGAGAGAGGUCAACACAGGAAAUCCAGGUCAACAGGAAAUGGAAACUGAUAUUCUGUAUUAAAGAAAAUACAGAGGAAAAAGAUGAAAUAUCUCUCUCCUUCUCAGGCUUUAUUAAAGAAUCAGGAUGCUAACGUUGAUGAAAUUAUUAAUAUGACCAAAAUCACAGCUGAGCGUAUCCGCCAAAGCAAGCAGAACAACUUUGGUAUACCAUCAGUAAUAAACUGGGAGAAGGCAUUCCGUGAGAAGAAGGUGGACAAAUUAGCACACAAUAUCUUAAAUAGGAACAAAAGCGAGCAAAAGAAGGAAUUCGAUGUCGAUUUGUUCUUUAAUGACUUAAAAUGGCAAAAUCUUAAUAAAUAAGGAGAGACAAAGAAAAGGAAUACCGCAUUCUAGUCAGCCAGUGUCUCCACUAAAGGGAUCAAUUAGAGAUCUUUGAGAAAGAAGGGAAAUUAAUCAAACCAGAUGUUCUCCCUUACAACAAGUUGCCUCUAAGAUAGACAUAGAAGGCCCUGGCGAAGACUCUAUCAUCUUUAAUUUAGAUGACGAGCUAAACUCUCCUUUACAAAAGAAGGAAACUCCAUCUUGAAUAUCCCUUUCGCUGUACGAAGAUUCAGAAAAUGAGCAGGCUCAGAGGAUAAUGAACGAAAAGAUUAAAUCCUUUGAGGAAGAAAUUAAUAAUGGGAGGCAUCGAUCCAAGUCAAGAGUAUCCCAAAAGUUUUGAAAAACUUCUGCUGAUAAAAAUGAUGGUAAACCUUCUAAUUUUAAGCAAAACCCUAAAGUUAUCAUCUCUACAAGCCAGGAGUUAAAUAGGAAGUAUGAGAAGUCCUCUAAGCCUCCUCUAAGUAACCAUAAAAAGAGGUCUAAACUGUACAUUCCGAAGAAGACGUUGUACAUGAACAACAUGGAUAACAGUAUGAGCUUUGAAGAGGAUAACCUAUAACUUUCAAUAUCUCCUCAAUUUAUA